ACAUGCGACCUUGCAGGUGCAGGACGUAGAGCGGCAGGGCGACUUUACCAGAAGGAGACAAAAGAUCCCCCGGGAAUUCAAAGAUAAACGUAAAUCUUGUCCCCGCAGAUCGCAUCCGAUUAACUGAAGCGGCAAUGAUGAUAUCCUGCAGAACGAUGCCUAUCGCUAGAUCUCUUCGGCUUUAAAAUCACAUCUUCCUUCAUCCUCAACACCCAUAACCCUAACUUGGCAUUCUUUCAACAUUAAUGUCAACCACCACAUCAUACUAUACCAACAAUAAGAAAGGAUCCAAGAUGAUAUUCGACUUCCUCCAAAUCAUCAUCCAAGAUAACCUCAAAAAUGUGACUGCCAUUUGCCUCCUAACAACCCUCACCACCUGGCUCCUCCAUUCCCUCCUCCACCACUGGAAGAACCACCAAAUCCACGAUUCCACCGAUCUAGAUCAAAACUCCACCUCAUCAAAGCUCCAAACCCUCGCCCGCAAACCAGGAGAAUGGAUCCCAUCAGACUUCAAAAGACCCCCAGCAACCCCAUACCCAGACUGGAGCAUCCAGACCACAAAACCAAUCCCGUAUCGACCCUUCAAAUACGGACCCAAGUACUUCAUAACAAUGGGCCUCCGAAGCAUGAAAUGGGACGACUGGAUCGAACUCGACAACCACUACCUACGCUACCACGCUGACAAAGCCCGCCGGAUCACCGAGCGAGGACCAAAAUGUUCCAAAACAGCCCCCGAAGCCAUGGACGCAGCCAUCGAGCUCCUAGAAGAAUUAAUAUCCUACCUCCCCCAACGCUACCCAAGCAUGUUUUUCAAAACACCCACCGGAAUAACAAACUCAAUCACCCACGAAUCCUUCAACACAACCGCCCGCCCCCUCCCAGAAGACCCCAUGCAGACCUGCGCCCGCUUAAUCCAAGACGACCUCGCCCUGAUGCUCGAGCGCCCCGACGGCGAGUACUACCUCCUCGCCGGGUCCAUCCUGCUAGCCGGCUUCUGGCGCCUGGAGGAUAAAUUCGGCAUGCGGCUGUCCGACAUUCAUACCUCCGGGGACGUCCCGGGCUACAAAGAGAAGCUUGAAAAGGGGAUGAUGAACUUCUUCCGCAGGCUACGACCUGAGGAUCCCGUGCUGAGGAACAAUUAUUUCAUCCAGGUUGACGACAACUUGCCCUGGUCGAGUAGUAUUGGGUCUGAGGAUGCGGACUCGGUGUCGUGGAACACGGCGGAGAAGAAUAAGGCGAUUGGGCAGCAUUAUUUCCGCUCAGAGAGGCAGAGUUUGCGGCGGUUGCCGAGGACGGGAGCGGUGGUUUUUACGAUUCGGACGUAUUUUGAGCCGGUUACGGAGGUGGUCAAGGAGGCGUAUGUGCCUGGGCGGUUGGCUUCGGCGAUUAGGAGUUGGGGGGAUGAUGUGGCGAGGUAUAAGGGGAGGGAGAAGUAUGGGGAGGUUUUGUUGGAGUAUUUGGAUCGUAUGCAUGAGGCGCAGGUUUCUGAAGGGCUGGAUCUGGGAAAGGAGGAGGUUAGGAGUUAUCCGUUUUGAUGAUUAUGAAAUUAUGAUGGCAUGUAU